AUGAGAAUGACAUCGCUCAUCUACAAAAGGGAAAGAGAAGGAGAAGCGAGAAAAAAAAAAUUCACUACCAAAAUAAUAAUUUUCAUUACAUCUCAUCGACCUUUAAACAACCAAAUAUCAAUGUCUGAAACAAAGGUGAUCAAGUCUGCUUUAAAAGGCAGUACCUCAACUACUACUACUACAACCACCACUGUCACAAGUAAACCAAUUCAAUUCCGUAUUUUUGUUGGUUCUUAUGAACAUAAUUUAUUAUGUUUAUCAGUCAUUUUAGAUCCAUCAAAUAAUAAAGAACCAGUAUUCCAACCAAUUUUCCAUUUCCAAGCACAUGCAUUAUCUAUUAAAUCUAUGGAUUUAGCUAAAAGAUAUUUAGUUACAGGAUCAAAUGAUGAACAUAUUAGAAUUUAUGAUUUACAAAAAAGAAAAGAAUUGGGUACUUUAUUAAGUCAUACUGGUACAAUUACAAGUUUAAAAUUUUCUACAGAAGUAGAUACUAAUAAACAAGAAAAAGAAAUUGAAUCAACUACUAAAUCUGGAAAAUGGUUAUUAUCAGGAUCAGAAGAUGGGAAAAUUAUAAUUUGGAGAACUAAAGAUUGGGAAACAUUUGGAAUUUUAAAAGGACAUACUGAUAAAAUUAAUGAUUUAUCAAUUCAUCCAAGUGGUAGAGUUGCUAUACUGGUAUCACAAGAUAAAACUAUUAGAUUAUGGAAUUUAAUGACUGCUAAAAAAGCAGCGAUUUUAAAGAUUAAAGGUAGAGAUCAUCUUGGACAAUCUGGUGAUUUUGUUAGAUGGUCUCCAAAGGGAAAUUAUUUCUUGGUUGGUAUGUUGAAUCAAAUUUUAAUUUAUAAAACUUCAACUGCUAAAAUUGUUAAAAAGAUUAAAAUUAAAACUACUUUAAUGGCUAUGGAUAUUUUAAAAUUUGAUAAUAAAGAAUGGUUAGUUGCUGGUUUGGGUAAUGGAGCAAUUGAAUUGUAUGAAUUCAAAGAUCAAGUAUUACUGGGAUUAGGAAAACAAAAUGAUGCUGAUGAUGAAGAAAAAGAAGAAGAAGAAGAUAAAGUAUGGGAUUCUAAGCCAGAAGAAUUAGAAGCCAAGUUUACAUUAAGAGGUCAUACUAAUCGUAUUAAAGGUAUUUCUUUCCUUCAAGAUAAACAAGAAACUCAAGGUAUACCAUUAUUAAUAUCUGUUUCAUCAGAUGGUAAAAUUGUUGUUUGGAAUUUAACAUUAAAAGAUCAAGUUGCUGUUUAUGAUGCUGGAGAAAGAUUAAAUUGUGUAUCUACAUGUCCUGAAACUAUUGAAAAAACUGAAACUAUGAAAAGAAGAUUUACUUCAUUAGGUGAUAUUACUGGUGAAAAUAAUGAAAAUGAUAUUCCAAGUGAAUCUGAAUAUGAAACUGAUGGUGAAGAAAUUAAGAAAAUCAUGACUGGUGCCACUAAAAAGGGUAAGAAGAAAGGUAAAAAGAAUAAUAGUAAAAAAAGAAAAGUCACUGUAACAUUAGAAUAA